AUAAAAACUGGACCCCUCGAGUUCCGUUGACCAUUCAGCAUCCUCAUCCACCGAUCCUGAACCAUCCUGCUUUCCACUCCGACUCCUGUGCAUUCUUCAGUUGGAAAUAGUAAAUCAAGUGCUAGGUCACGACCAACGAAAAAUAUAAUAGAAUCGACACAUAUUUUGCGACAUCUGUCUCUGAUCAUGUCUGACGCUGCAGCAAAUGGAGCCUCAGAGGAGCUAAAACAGGCUCUUUCACUAGACUCCCUUUUCGGUCUUAAAGGUCUUGUAGCUGUCGUCACGGGGGGCGGAACCGGAAUUGGCUUGAUGUGUACUCAGGCCUUGGCAGCUCAUGGUGCCAGAGUUUAUAUAACCGGAAGGAGAGAAGAAGUGUUGAACCAAGCUGUGGAUAACUACCACAAACACGCCGAAGGAGAAAUCAUUGGGCUUCAAGCAGACGUGACCGAGAAAUCUGAUUUAGAAAAGAUCAUCAAAGAUAUUUCGGAAAAGGAGCCCAAUGGCAUACAAAUUUUGGUCAACAAUGCUGGAAUCUCUGGUCCAAAGACAGAGGUUUUCAGUAAUGGACACUCGAUUGAAGAGGCAUCUCAAAAAUUCCUCAAAAAUGAAAGCUUUGAUCAAUGGGAUUCCGUUUGGAGGACCAAUGUCUCGGGCGUCUUUUUCACCACAGUUGCCUUUUUGCCUUUAUUAGCAAAAGGGGGUAAUAAUAAUAUGAAUUAUCGAAGUGGAGUAGUCAACAUCACCUCGAUCAGUGGAAUGGUCAAGAUAUCACAAAACCAUUUUGCUUACAAUGCCAGUAAAGCAGCUGCUAUUCAUCUCACCAAAAUGAUGGCAUGCGAGCUUGCCAAUAGUAAGAUCCGCUUCAAUUCAAUCGCCCCCGGAGUUUUUCCUUCUGAAAUGACGGCCAAAUGCGGAAGCGAUGAUCGAGGCAAAAGUGACAUCUCGGAGUCUUUUGAUGCUUCAAAAUACAAAAUCCCGGCUGGGCGUCCAGGAAGGCUAGAGGAGAUGGCGGCAUCCAUCCUCUACCUUUGCGGAAAAGGUGGUCAAUAUUGCGACGGUUUAGUCAUGAACGUGGAUGGUGGGAUUUUGCUCACAAAUCCAUCGGCAUGUUGACGGAUGUCCUUCGAUCGACCAGAACUCUCGUAGCUCAUCCCCCAUCACAAAAGCAGUAUUCCAUCUAUGAUCUUCAAUGGAAAAAAAAAUCCGUAUUUAAGACAAUUUCAAGAUCGAUCGAAAUUUAUAUCUCAUGAAGCCAUAGCUGCCAUAUUUUGUUACAUCUUAAGAGUUGCGUUCCGCUAUCAAUUACCUACCAAUCGGUGAUCCAGCCGAUUGGUUCUCACAGGAAGUCUAUAAUAAUUUCACAUGUAAACAUGAUAGUAUACUAGCAAAAAGCUGCAUGAUAACUUGAGGUUCAUCCUGUCAUGGGUUGAACUCAUCUAAUGAAGGUCAAUAUUUUGCGCCUCUUAAGACACCCCCCUUUGUUGAACU